AUGUCAAAGAUCCCGGACUUCGAUGACUUGCCAAAGGUCGAGGGCAUGCCGCAAGGCUGUGCUUGGGGCGUCUUCGAUAAAGACGGGAAGAAGGACGUCUACGGAACUCUGAACAACAUUACUCCCGAGGUUGUAAAGAGUGCCUACUCGGAGCUCAAGGACGGUGUAUCCGUCAGUCUCAACUGGCCCAUCGGCGCGAUCAAGACUCCUGGCUUCGGUCGAAAGGGUCUUGUCCACAAGGUGGUGUCGUUCGUGGACUCACCCUUGGCAGCCCAUGGCUACGACGACGAGGUUGAAUUCAAUACGCAAUGCUCCUCCCAAUGGGACUCUCUUUGCCACUUCCACCACCAAGCCUCAGCAAAAGGCUACAACGGCAUCCAAACCAACGUCAAAGACCUUACUCAAAAUUACGGCGAGGAAGACCACGACAUGAAGAUCCCAACCCUUAAUCACUGGCACAAACGCGGCGGCCUCGUCGCCCGCGCCGUCUUCAUCGACCACAAGAAAUGGGCCGACGAGAACAACAAAUCCUACGAUCCCUUCAGUGCCCACAAGAUCCCCGUGUCCGAGAUCGAGGAAGUGGCAAAGAAACAAGGCGUUUCCUUCAAACCCGGCGACGUCAUCAUCAUCCGCUCAGGCUUCACCGAAGGCCUGACAGGCAAGUCCGGAGACGAACAGAAUAAACUGAUGGGGACCCACCAAACCUGCGGUGUCACUGGAACCAUCGAAGCGGCGAAGUGGUUCUGGAAUCAGCAUUUUGCUGCUGUGGCGGGCGAUAUGAUUGCUUUUGAGCAUAUCCCUCCUAUCAACCCUGAGACUGGCAAGGAGGAUGGUGUUGCUGGACUUGUGCUGCAUCAGUACUUCCUCGCUCUGUUUGGUAUGCCGAUCGGAGAGCUGUGGGAUCUCAAGGCGUUGUCCGAGACUUGUGCGAAGUUGGAACGAUAUAGCUUCUUGUUAACGAGCGUGCCAUUGAAUGUCCCAGGUGGCAUUGGUAGCCCGCCUAAUGCUUUGGCACUAUUCUAG